AUGAUCAAACCCGUGCAGCCCAAUCCAGAGGUAUCGCCGCCCACAAAUAACAGCAUCUUAUCUCCCAAAGUGGAGGUCGAUUCGAAACUUAGCUUGAAUGAUCCAGAUAACAAUUUAAACACUUCCUCUAGCUCAAGAAAAUCAACAUCUUCCAGCGAGUGUACCUCUAGAAAAUGCCCCAAACAGCCAUUGACACCUUCUUCUGCAUUAUAUGAGGGGGAUGAUGAUGUCAAGUCUCUAGUUUAUAGUGAUAAGGAUAGCACCAACAUACACAAUACUCCACCUAGAGAAAACACCACAACUGACUCGCUUUCAAAGGACAACAGUGGUACCAUCAUUGACAAUGUGUCAUCCACUCCUAAUUCUGAGAAAGUAAUCAAUUCAAGAAGGUUUUCUUUCAAUAAAAGGCCCGUCAGUUUCUCCUCUAAAUUACAAAGAAAGUCCUCUCAGAUAUCCUUUAUAAACAACUAUCCCCCUCAGAGGUGCGAUUCAAUUAAGAGAGAUAUAGACCACUCUAAAUUCUAUUCAAAGUUCAAGGGCAUAAUGAAAGACAAGGACGAAUUACCUGAUUCUGCAAUUAACGACCUUUCCUUUGAGUACAACUACGAUGAAAAGAUUAGGGCACCUAGGAUGUCCGUGGUUUCCUUCAUUUCCAAAGCUUCAAGUAUAAACAGUCAGCAACAAAACCAUUUUAAUGCUACGAGACAAACAUCAGCACCUGUGUUGUUGAAAACUCGUACAUCAUCUUCAAAUCAUACACUUGAAAGUCUGUCAGAGGAGGCGUCCUACCAGCCUGCUUCAUUUGAUUUGACAAAACAGUUGCGUCAUUUGUCUAUUGGCGAAGAUGCUGAAAAAGUACGUGACGAAAUAAAUACCCCAUUUAGUGAUGCUUAUACAUAUAACAUCACUAAAACAAAAUCACGCAUAUCUAACUCAUCUUCAAACGUUUCACCGACAAAGGAAAAAGCAAGUUUCCUCAGUCAUGAAGAAAAACCUCCAAAACAAAUUGAAGCUCCGACAAGACUUGCAAAAGACUAUAUUCCCCCUGUUUUGAGGCCUAUACCCACCACCUCACUUGUUCAGAUAGAUUUAGCGGAGCAAAAUGACUCGACUAAAGCGAAGAGUAUUGACCAUGUAGAAACCACACCAAUAAUGCUUAACUCCAAUGUGGAGCUAAACACCCCUCCAUCAUCUUCAUCGACUUUGGAUAGUGGUACCAAAUGUGGGCCCAAAAAAGGUAAAGUGCAUUAUCAGCUUUUCACACAGCUUUCCAACCGAGAAUUGCCAAAAACACCAGUUUUGAAGACCACUCUUGGGGAGAAUCCUAGUAUAUCGGAGGCGCUACUUACGGCUUCGGUGACCAAUUCAUCUUUUUAUUUACCUAAAAAGACUCCAUCAAACUUGGAGCCUUCACAUUCACACUGGAAACCAAACUGUGCUGUUAGUGCCUGUGAAAGUUGCGGCAGCUCUUUCAAUUUAUUUCAUCGAAAGCACCACUGUCGCCAUUGUGGAGGGAUAUUUUGCUCUAACUGUUUGGGACAAUUUGCUAAUUUGAACUUGCUAGGUAAUUUUGAGAAACCUGAGUUGCUUGUGCGUUCUGCUUUGUUAUCCCCCAUACAAUCAACGGAAACUUGUGCUACAUUUGGCUCAAAUAAAACCUUCUCACAACGAGAAUCAUCCCAAAGGUACUCUGCGUUUUGCAAAGUAUGCCCCGAAUGUUCAAAGCUUUGGAUACAAUUUUUAGCCUCAGAUGAAGAUUAUGAAGGAAAAAUUCUUCUUGAGCAUGGUGGAUCCACUGCUUCUGCAAACUUAAGAAAAGAAAGCUUGAAUGCUGUUCCAUCCGAUUGGAAUUGGAGUUCGUUUUGA